UGCAGGGAAAUGUUCUACUCUACCGUUACCGAAGGAAUGAAAUGAGGGGAAGGACUGUUUGUUCACCAAGAAGACCUGUGAUCCUCGGGAAAAUCGUGAUAUACUGGAUCUUCAAUAAGGCUGAUCUAGUUAACUUCGCACUCCGGUUUGUUUGGUAUGCGUGUCAUUUACACGUCCGAUCAUCGAUGAACAGCAGUGUUGAUUUUUUUGAAAGUCUAAUUGAUGAAGACGGCCGGUUCGCUGAACUAAAUUGUCAGGAACCUGUGCGAGGACACAGGUCACGUCUGCGGCCACUGAUUCAAGCAGAAACUAUAAACAAUGGUGGAGGUUUAUCAAUGUCCCCACCGCACACCAUAUCUCAGCGUGAGACAGGCACCCAGGUGUCACAAUGCUACAGUGGCCCUCCAUCUCCUAGUGGAUCAACAAGCUCCACACCUUCGCCUACGGCAUCCCCAGCGCCGCCCCCAGGCACAGCCACCCUUGACCCUAACUGGCAAGCUACCAAACACACUGUCCGAGAAAGGAAUGCUGCUAUGUUUAAUAACCAAUUAAUGUCAGAUAUCAAAUUCAUUGUAGGUAGCCCAGGGAACAUACAAGUAAUACCAGCCCACAAGUAUGUAUUAGCAACAGCUAGCUCAGUAUUUUAUGCUAUGUUUUAUGGAGGGCUUGCAGAGUGCAAGCAAGAAAUUGAAGUACCUGAUGUGGAACCGUCAGCAUUCUUAACACUACUCAAAUAUGUAUACUGUGAUGAAAUACAAUUAGAAGCUGACACUGUUUUAUCAACAUUAUAUGUGGCUAAGAAAUACAUUGUACCAUAUUUAGCAAGAGCAUGUGUCAGCUAUUUGGAAACUAGUCUCACGGCAAAAAAUGCUUGUCUACUUCUUAGCCAGUCAAGAUUAUUUGAGGAACCAGAAUUGAUGCAAAGAUGUUGGGAAGUUAUAGAUGCUCAGGCUGAGAUGGCCCUAAAUUCUGAAGGAUUUGUAGACAUUGAUGUGUCUACUUUAGAAUCAGUAUUAGCAAGAGAGACACUCAACUGCAAGGAAAUAAACUUAUUUGAAGCUGCAUUAGCUUGGGCCAGUGCAGAAUGUGGCCGAAGGGAAAUAGAACAAUCACCAAUUAACAAGAGAGCUAUGCUUGGUAGUGCCAUAUACUUAAUAAGAUUUCCAACAAUGACAUUAGAGGAGUUUGCAAAUAGCGCAGCACAACUUGGAAUUUUAACACCACAAGAAACUAUUGAUAUAUUUUUGCAUUUCACUGCAUCUAGCAAACCACAACUAUCAUACCCAAUUAAAGCUAGAGCUGGAUUAAAAGCUCAGAUCUGUCACAGAUUCCAAUCAUGUGCAUAUAGAAGCAACCAGUGGAGAUAUCGCGGCCGGUGUGACUCUAUACAAUUUUGUGUAGACAAGAGAAUAUUUGUUGUUGGUUUUGGACUAUAUGGAUCGUCAAACGGAGCAGCUGAUUAUAAUGUUAAGAUUGAAUUGAAGCGCCUAGGAAGAGUAUUGGCAGAAAAUAACACAAAAUUUUUCUCAGAUGGUUCAAGUAACACUUUUCAUGUAUAUUUUGAAAAUCCAAUACAAAUAGAGCCUGAAACAUAUUAUACAGCCUCAGCUAUACUUGAUGGUAGUGAACUAAGUUAUUUUGGACAAGAAGGGCUUAGUGAGGUAUACAUGGGUACAGUGACCUUUCAAUUCCAUUGUUCAUCUGAGAGUACUAAUGGCACAGGUGUACAAGGAGGUCAAAUACCAGAGCUCAUUUACUAUGGCCCGACAGUAAAUACCACUAUGACCAACUCAAAUACAACCGAGGACUGACAAUUGUGCAGAUCUCGCCAUCUCAAUUAUUACUCAGUAUAAUGCAAAAAGGUUGAUAAAUUUAAUUAGAAUGCUCAAUUAUAUUCUCAAAAAAGUUUCCAAUUCAUAUGUUUAUACUUAACCAUUCCCAAAUGUUAAAAUUGUUUUGUUGAAAUUUGUGUAAGAGUUCUUGUGUAUAUUGUUGGACUUGUAUAGGAAUUAAGAGAACCUUAAGAUUGUGAUAUGGGUGUUGUAAAGCUCUCUAGAAAUAUAGAUUUAAAUGAAUUCGUAAAACAUUACAAUAAAUUAAUAAUACCUAAAUAUGUUUGUUAUUUCUUUCCAUGGAUAGUUAAUAGAAUAGGAUAGUGUAAGCUGCAGAAAUACAAAUCACAAACAGAUCUGUACAUAGCGUUUUUGUAUUUAUAAUGUUAUUGUCUAAAUGUAAAUUAUUACUGUGGGAUUAUUAACAUGGGAGUCAAUACUAAUAUGGAUUUCAUAAAUCUUACUAAAUACCAUUCCCAGGUACUAAAGCCUAUAAUAUUAAGCAUCGCCCA